AUGAAGAAAGUACAAGAGCAGAAAGAGUUAACAAAUAUGAGUGAAGAGUCGGAUUCUAAAGUCGAGGCUAUGGAUCUCUUACGCCAGUUGGAGGAUAUUCUUGAAUCUGAUGCUCUUAUUGAUGAGCUGGGCUUUAUUCAUCCAUCACAAUUUUCCUUGCUUAAGGAAGAAUCAGACAUUUCGUCUAAUUUAUUUUAUGAAGCUAUCCAUCAAUCAGCAGAUGGAGUAGUAAGCUCAGUGGAAUCUUCCAACCAAGACAGCCUAUAUUUCUGGAACAGAGAUCAUAAAUUGGGAAUAUCAACUCAUGUUCUUCUACCGUUAUAUAGAACUGCUAAACAUGCAUUCAUGACUACAUUUAAACAAUACAGAAUGUGUGACAACCAAUAUGACAAAGUUGGAAUUUGUUUACCCACCGCUUCUUCUUGUGAUAAUCUUGAAAGUACACUUCUGAGACACAGCAAGUCUCUUCUGCUGCUAAGCUGUGAUUUUAUCACAGCUUGGAAUUGCAGAAAAUUAAUAGUGUCCAAAAAGCAGCAGCUCUCAAUGUUUAUGGAUGAACUUCUCCUGUCAGAACUUGUACUCUCAUAUUCACACAAAAGUGAACAAGCUUGGAACCAUAGGCGAUGGGUGAUCAAGUCAAUCUCUGCAAACUGUUCAAAUUUCAAAGAGAUAUUGGGAAAAGAAUCUGAGCUGGUGGAAAAAAUAGCUGAGAGAUCAAAAAUGAAUUAUCGUGCAUGGAAUCACCGUUGCUGGUUAGUCUCACACAUGACCGUUGACCAGGUUCUAUGCGAGUUAAAGAAAUCAAGAAGUUGGGCCGCAUUGCAUGUUACUGAUAAUUGUUGUUUCCACUAUCGCAGACGACUAUUACUGAAAAUUAUGGAGGGCCAAAGUUGUGUGGAAGAUACUGUAACUCAUGGUUAUAAUGUUAAUAUAGUCCAAGCCUUGAAGGACGAGCUUGAUUGGAAUGAAACAUUGAUAAAACGUUACGUUGGAAGGGAGGCUCUAUGGCUUCAUCGGCGCUUCCUUUCCAUGUGCUGGAUAAAUAAUUUUGUACUUGCUGCUGGUGAUGCAUCCUACCAUUCCAAGGAGGCAAUCAGCCUGUAUCAUGACUUUGGCACCUUUCUGCAGAAUGAAUUGUGUCUUCUCCACUCCUGCUCAACUAUUGUUGAUGAUGAUUUUGUGGAUGUCCAAGCACAAGCUGCACAUUCUGCUAGUUACAUUCUCUGGUUGAAAGUGCAAGUCCCCAAGCCUCUGGAGAAUGAGCUCCAAGAGAAGAUAAGAGAUGUGGAUCUGAAGACCUUGCUGAAUAAGUCAUGCCCAGUGAGAUCCUCACUGUUCAAUUACUUUAUGAACUAG